AUGGAGGAGCCGAAGGGUCGACCAGUGGGUGGCACUGAGUACAGCUGGUGCCGUGCCGUGCCCGGCGGCACCGGCAUUGCUGUCCUGGCAAUCCUCACCUCAAAAACCCUAGAAGCCUUAAAACUUCAAAACGCCAUAAAUAAACUACAAAAAUUACACCCAGUACUAAGGUCAAAACUCCACAGAAACCCUAGCAAAAACAGCUUCUCCUUCAUCACAUCUACGACUCCUUACGUUCAAAUCAAGUCGUUUAACCUCUCAUCAACCUGUAAAAUACUUGAAAGUCUUAACCCUCCGACGAAAAACUUGCCUAUUUCGCCUUUACAAUCACUUCUUGAACAUGAACUUAACCAAAAUGUUUGGUGGUGUAGUAAUGAUAAUAACGAAAAUGAUAUGUUCUUGGCGAGCAUGUACUCACUGCCUAAUGAAAAGUGGGUGGUGGUGCUCCGGCUUCAUGUUUCGGCGUGCGACCGGACGACCGCGGUGUCUUUGCUGAGAGAGCUGCAAGAGCUGGUGGGUGAAGCAGAAGAAGAAAAAGAAGAGAGGGGAGGGAAGGUGGUGAAUGAGAUUAAUUUGGGAAUUGAGGAUCUUAUUCCAAGUGGGAAAGUUAAGAAAAGCUUAUGGACAAGAGGGAUUGACAUGCUUAGUUACUCGAUGAAUUCAUUCAGAUCAACGAAUCUGAAAUUCAUUGAUGUGAACUCGCCAAGAUGUUCUCAGGUGGUGAGAAUCCAGAUGAACAAAGAUGAAACUGAGAGGAUCAUUUCUGGUUGCAAAUCAAGAGGAAUAAAAUUAUGUGGAGCGCUAGCAGCAGCUGGAUUGAUGGCUGCACAGAGCACAAAACGUUCUGAGUCUGAUCAAAAGUAUGCAGUGGUAACUUUCACUGAUUGCCGUUCCAUUCUUGAGCCACCGCUUUCAGCUCACCAUUUUGGUUUUUAUCACUCAGCAAUCAUGAACACACACAUAAUAAGAGGAGGAGAAAAACUAUGGGAGCUGGCCAAGAAAAUGUACAUGGCAUUUGCAAACUCAAAGAAGAGCAACAGGCAUUUCUCAGACAUGGCGGACCUCAACUUUUUAAUGUGCAAGGCUAUCGAAAACCCCGGCUUGACCUCAUCUUCAUCCCUGAGAACAUCUCUGAUGUCAGUGUUUGAGGACACAGUGGUGGAUGAUUGCAAUGAGAAGCACCAAGAACUUGUCGGGUUGGAGGACUACAUAGGAUGCGCUUCGGUUCACGGACUUGGGCCGUCCAUGGCGUUGUUCGACACCUUGCGCGGCGGAAGAUUGGACUGUGUGUGCGUGUAUCCGUCGCCGUUGCACUCAAGAGAGCAAAUGCAGGGGAUGGUUGAUUGUAUGAAGAGUAUUCUUGUGAAUUCUGUGACUGAAUGUGGAGAGUAA